ACCUGCCGCGGGCUCCCGUCCCCGCCCCCAGCUCCUGUCGGCGCCUGGGCCCUGCCUGAAGGCCGGGGCGCGCGUGACUCUCGUCGGACCUGGGAAGGGUGUGCCUCUCGACCCGAGGGGGCGGAAGGGGGACGCCCCGGCCUCGGGGCCACUGCUCUCGCUGUGUCUUUGUGGUCGCGAACGCCGUCCGCCCGGGAGGCGCCCCGCGCCUGGCGCGAUGAGUGCCAACGAGGACCAGGAGAUGGAACUGGAAGCAUUACGUUCUAUUUAUGAAGGAGAUGAAAGUUUCCGGGAAUUAAGUCCAGUUUCAUUUCAGUAUAGGAUAGGUGAAAAUGGUGAUCCCAAAGCCUUCUUAAUAGAGAUUUCCUGGACAGAAACAUAUCCCCAAACACCUCCAAUUAUAUCUAUGAACGCUUUUUUUAACAACACGAUAUCGUCAGCUGUAAAGCAGAGUAUAUUAGCCAAGUUACAGGAGGCAGUGGAAGUUAACCUCGGGACCGCAAUGACCUAUACGUUGUUUGAAUAUGCCAAGGACAAUAAAGAGCAGUUCAUGGAGAAUCACAACCCUGUUAAUUCUACGACAUCCAUAAGCAAUAUCAUCUCUGUUGAAACUCCUAAUACAGCCCCAUCAAGUAAGAAAAAAGACAAAAAAGAACAACUUUCAAAAGCCCAGAAACGUAAGCUGGCAGAUAAAACAGAUCACAAAGGAGAACUUCCUCGAGGAUGGAACUGGGUUGAUGUGGUGAAGCAUUUAAGCAAAACUGGCUCUAAAGAUGAUGAAUAGUGCUUGGAAUUUGAGACAAGAGAAGAGCAUCCUUUAAAAAGUAAACUGGGUUCAAAAUCUUUUGUUACUCUUCUGGUAUUGAGGUGGCUUUUUAUAAAACACAUUUUUUUUUUGUAUGUUUCUUACAUAAAAAAUGUUUUAAGCUGAACAUGAAGAGAUCUGGUUGUAUUAAAUUAUUUUCACAAACUUGCCUUAAUAAAAGAUGAAAAUGUUACUGUUUAGAAUACUUUAUGAAGCCUGUUGAGCUUUGGAAAUGGACAAAUAUGGGGGAAUAAAAAAAUAAUGCAUGUUAAUUUAUAUCAUCUUAUUCUAGUGGACGUGAUUUGUUUUUAAAGGAAUAGGAAGUCCUUUUCAAACUCUCAUCCCAGUGGAGCAGCAUACUGAGUGAACAGUUACUCCACAGCAUGACCCACACUAACAGGCUUCUUGUCUCAAUAAACUCUUCAUCUCUUCUUUCUCUUAGUUACUGAAGCAUAAAUUGCUUCAGAGAAACUUAAAUACUGCUAUUUGAACUUUAUACAUAAUAUUCUUUGUAGUUCCUUUUAAUUUUCCAAGGGUGAACUGCUUCUCUUUAAUAAACAUCUGUUUAUUCUGUUCUCUUGGUUUGGGUCACAGUGUUUGAUCAUGAGGGCUUUCAGUGGUACGUGUACUAUGAAAAUAUAAAAACGAAUCUGCCAAAUACAUUAGAAGGCGUUUGAAUAGAAGUGCUGAUUCCUAUUGAAGACAUUUCUCUUUGUUGCAUUUACCAAGAUGGGAGUAAAAGAUGCCUUAAUAUUUAAUUUUUGUAUUGUUGGAGACAAUGGUUUUAAUAGAUUCCUAUUUAUC